AUGAAACACUCCGAUAAUUUACGCUGUUCACUUCUGACAUCUUCUUUUAAGACAGCAAUAGAAAAUGAACCUUUGGAAGAUAAACCCAAGAAUAAAGAAAAAAGGAAAUUAUAUGAUAUGAGCCCAGAGCUGUCUCCUCUUCAGUCGACCCAUAAUGGAUCAGAAGAGAGUAAAACAAGAAGAGAGACAAAAUCCCCAUUGACAUACCCUAUCACAUCCACAACUGAACUAAGCACAAGUCUUCCUCGAGGUAAGCUAUAUGUCACGAUUAUUCAAGCAAUAAAUUUACCUAUUGCUGAUUCCCCAGGGUCCAUAUAUGUUGUUGGAACAUUUGAGAAUUCAGAGACGACGAUUUUUAAUAAAAAUUCAGAGAUUCAUGGGGAUGAUGAAGGUUUGACGAAAAGUAAAAGUCAUUCUUGGAAUAUGAUGAAUAAAUUUUGGAAGAAAUCGGGGAAACCAGAGAGUAAUUCAAAUACUUGUGAUUUUAAUUGCACAGAGCUUCCUAUUAUGUCGAAAAUUACCUGGGAUAAGACAGUGGUAUUUGAUGUCUCAGAAGUAAAUUCUGAAUUGGAUAUUUCUGUUUAUGAUGCUUCUGAUAAAGAUAAAUUAUUAGGUUUCGUCAAGUUACUUCCAGAUUUAUAUCAUUCAAGUUCAGAAAUAAUGAGUAAAUGGUUAAGAUUGAAAAGGCAUCCCGAAAAGGGCAAUACCACUGACACUAAUUGUCAGAUAUUAAUUGAAUGGAAAUAUAAAAACACCGAUCAGAGGCAUUACAGUCCUGAGGAUUUUAAUAUCUUGAGAAUGUUGGGUAAAGGUACAUUUGGUAGGGUAUAUCAGGUUGAAAAAAAGGAUACUAAAACGUUAUAUGCAAUGAAGGUGAUAUCAAAAAGAAAUGUCAUUAAAAGGAAAGAAGUCAAACAUACAUUAAACGAAAGGAAUAUUUUGGUCCAUAACGCAAAUAAAUUAUGCUCUUUCAUUGUAAAAUUAAAAUUUUCUUUCCAGACUGCGGAAGAUUUAUAUCUAGUGACAGAUUUUAUGAGUGGAGGUGAAUUAUUUCUACAUUUACAAAGAGAAGGCAGAUUUCCUGAAUAUAGAGCUAAGUUUUAUUGUGCACAGUUAGUAAUGGCUUUAGAGUUUCUUCAUGAUAAUGAUAUUAUUUAUAGAGAUCUAAAACCAGAAAAUAUUUUACUUGACGCUAAGGGAAACAUUGCUUUAUGUGACUUUGGUCUUUCAAAAUUAAAUUUAGAGGGAAGAACAAAUACCUUCUGUGGGACCACAGAAUAUUUAGCACCUGAAUUAUUGCUAGAUGCAACUGGCUAUACUAAAAUGGUAGAUUUUUGGUCUUUAGGCGUUUUAAUGUUUGAGAUGUGCUGUGGUUGGUCACCCUUUUUUGCACCAACAAAUCAACAAAUGUAUCAAAAAAUCGCUUAUAGCAAGAUCAAAUUUCCUGUCAAUAGUCUAUCUAAGGGUUGUCGAUUAUUUAUCAAGGGUCUUAUGAAUAGGAAUCCUUUACAUAGACUUGGUGCUAUAAAUGAUGCCAGAGAAUUAAGGGCCCAUGAAUUUUUCAGAGACACAGAUUGGGAAGCUCUGAUGAAGAAAGAAGUUACUCCUCCAUUUAAACCUCAUCUAUCCUCAGAUAGAGAUACUUCAUAUUUUGAUCCAGCUUUUACACAAACUCCAACAAUUGAUGUUAUCAAAGAAUAUAAUAAAGUCGAAGAUACGGCAAUUUCACCAAGCUGGCAGCAAUAUUUUGUAGGAUUUACUUAUAAUGGCGAGUCUCAUUUAGAAGCCAAUGAAAAAUAUGUCUUCGAUAACAAUGGAUGUCAUCCCAACUUUGCUACAGAUGAGGCUUUAAUCGAAUCUGACUCUGAGUGCAACAAUGAGGUUGAUUUGGAAAAUAAUGAUCUUUAUUUCCAGGCAACUUCGAUUACAUCGUUUAUUAAUUCUUCUUCAUGUGACGUUAAUUCAAAUACCUACCAAUUUAAAUGUGAGAAUAUAUAG